AUGCCAUCGAGGCCGCUGCGUCUUGGUCUUGUCGACUCGGUCUUUGUGCUGUGGUGGUACACUCAUAUGGUAUCUUGGAAGACCUCGAACAUCAUAAACGACCUGAUGGAAGAGACAGGUCGAGAUGGCGCCAAUCCAGUGUGCAACUUGAGUGCUGUUGGCGAUCUUCCGAGCGAGUCCGAGUUGCACAGGUCUGCAAUUACAGUAGCGCCAUCUCUCUGGCUUCGGCUUGCGCAGCGCAUGUUGAAAGCCUCGCAUCGCAUCAUCCGCAGCCCUUCGUUCAAAAAGUGUGGCUCCUUUCCGAUCCGUAAGCCUUGGCAAGAUCGGCUCCGUUCCGAUUGCGAUUGGUGCUGCGAUGUAAGCGAUCAUGCGUAUCGGAGAUCACAUGUGAUUGCCUUGCUGUCACCGUCAUGCCAUCUAGGGUCCCUGCAACAUUUGCGCGAGACUGAUACUCACCCAAUCGCAGCUAGCAUCGUACAGUACUGGGACAACCGAAAAUGGCUUGGUAAUGUCGAUCCGUCAGUGGGAUCAAGUUGGGUACCAACGCAACAAAGUUCCACCGAGGCAAGGAUGCCUCCUUAG